UGGUGCCGCUCAGUUGUGUACGGAGGCAGCGAUGGACGCGAGGCUGGCGGUUGUAUGUUGGUGUUUCUCCUGCAGUUUGUUUGCGUUCACUCCAAGUGCCUCCGCUUUCAUCGCUGCCUUUCGUCGGAAAAGUACCGGAGUCAGGGCCGCAGGACAAUUCUGGCACAUAAGUGAUUUACAUUUGGAUCCUACCUACCACUUGACAGAUGACCCUACCAAAGUUUGCUUUUCAUCAAUGGGUCUCCCAGCAAAGCAUGCAGGACCUUACGGAGACUAUUUAUGUGAUUCACCAUAUAAUCUUAUCCAGUCUGCUUUAAAGUUUAUGAAAGAUGCUAAAGUUCAACCCUCCUUUGUGAUAUGGACUGGAGAUAGUCCUCCCCACGUACCAGUUGCAAAACUUUCUACAAAAAUUGUGAUUGACAUUCUCCAUAAUAUGACACAGACUAUCCAGGAAUACUUGAAAGAUCUACAGGUUUUUCCUACAUUGGGAAACCAUGACUAUUGGCCACAGGACCAGCUUCCUGUUGACGUAAGUGAUGUGUACAAUGCAGCAGCUGACAUGUGGGGACCGUGGUUGACACAUGAUGCACGUAGGACCUUGCAAAAAGGUGGGUUCUACACCCAGGUCUUUACUUGUAAUGUUACCCAGCAGACUCUCAGGAUAAUCAGCUUAAACUCAAACUUGUACUAUAGUCCCAAUAAAAUGACUGAAGGAAUUCCAGACCCUGCAGGGCAGUUUGCCUGGCUUGAAAAUACAUUGAAGAAAGCUCAACAAAGCAAAGAGGAGGUAUAUCUCAUAGCUCAUGUUCCUCCAGGCUACUUGCCAGGCUCGAUGGACACUACUGCAAUGAGAGAGAAAGACAAUGAGAGGCUUGUGCAAAUUCUUCGCAAAUACAGUGAUAUCAUUGUUGGACAGUUUUUUGGCCACACUCACAGGGACAGCAUCAUGGUCCUUCUGGAUAAGCAAGGGAAUCCUAUCAACUCUUUAUUUGUUGCACCAGCUGUAACUCCGCAAAGACGAACUUUGAAUGGUGUAACCAAUAACCCAGGAUUACGCUUAUACAAAUAUGACACAAGUGACUACAGCUUGUUGGAUUUCUGGCAGUAUUACUUGAACCUUACUGAAGCCAAUGAGAAGAAAAAGCCUGACUGGAAGCUGGAAUACAUUAUGACAGUUGCCUAUGGCAUACAAGAUAUACAACCACAGUGUUUGUACAAUUUAACUAAUCAGUUCAUAGGGCUACACAGCAAAAAAUUCCAAAUGUAUUAUGAUCAUUACUUUGUCAGUUACAAUAUCAGCGUGGAAUGCGUUGGCCUUUGUAAGCUGAAGCAGAUAUGUGCUAUAAAACAUUUAGAUCAUGCUUCAUACACUAACUGUACUUUAAAAGGGAUAAAGUAGGAUUGUUUCAAGGAAAUUGUUUGCAUUGAAUCCUGCAACCUGUAUUCUUUCUCUUCAAUUAAAAAGCAUUCUUCACUUCCAUUA